GUUGAAGUGUAAUUCCUGAAUUCACCUGAUUUGAAGAGACAUCACUGAGAUAUCACCAUGGCAGCAGAAUAUAAUGACACAGAAGACAAUUACGGCAAUUACAGUGAUUUUGAUUAUGGAGACUAUGCUCCAGCCAACUCCACCGAUGUACAGGAAUUCAGCCAAGUGUUUCUUGCUAUUCUCUACAGUUUGGUUUUCAUCCUGGGCUUCAUAGGUAAUGGACUAGUGGUGUGUGUCCUGGUGAAGCACCGCAACCAGAGCAACUUGACAGACAUCUGCCUCUUCAACCUGGCUCUCUCUGACCUCCUCUUCGUCUUCACGCUGCCUUUCUACUCUCACUAUGCCAGGGUCGGCCAGUGGACUUUUGGAGACUUCAUGUGCCGUUUGAUCUCCGGAUCUCACCACAUUGGCUUCUUUAGCAGCAUCUUCUUCAUGGUUGUCAUGACGCUGGACCGCUACAUGAUCAUCGUGCACGCUCACAGGGUUGCACGUUUUCGCACAAAGAGGGCAGCCAUCAUUCUGACCGUGCUCGUUUGGAUGCUGAGCUUGUUUGUCUCUCUGCCGGAUUUUAUCUUCAUACAGGAAACAGAGGAGUACCAGGAGUUUGGAUGUGACUAUCCAGAGGAGAACAAAGUCUGGGAGAGCUACAACCUGUUCACCACAAAUGUGCUGGGUCUUGUGAUUCCCUUGCUGGUGAUGGUAGGUUGCUACUCCAGGAUCAUCCCCAGGCUGGUAAACAUGAGGACCGCGAAGAAGCAUCGUAUCGUCAAGCUGAUCAUCUGCAUAGUGGUUGUAUUUUUCUUGCUCUGGGCUCCAUAUAACAUUUCCCUUUUCCUGGAGUUUCUUCAGGAAAGAGAAAUAAUCCUCAAUGAUGAAACCUGGUACAAAAAUGUAAAGCUGUCAAUAACAGUGACUGAGGCAUUAGCUUACACACACUGCUGUCUGAAUCCCAUCAUUUAUGCUUUUGUAGGAGAGAAGUUUAUGAGACGAGCCUUGCAGCUGCUGAAAAAGUUGAUGCCUGGUUACAGCAGAGAUUUGUCAGACAGCUCAUUCAGGAAAAGCUCAGUUAUGUCCAGGGGCUCUGAAAUCACCUCCUCCUUUAAACUGUAG